AUGGCCACUAUCUCCACGCCAAACACCCUAACCCUCUCCCCACCCACAACCGCCAGAGACGCCUUCUCACAAGACAUCUCCCGCGCAUUCAUGGGCUCCGCUUCAAAACCAAAGUUCCACGAUACUCUACCUCCCGCACCCCCGCCGUCCCCGGUCUCCCUGGCCAUCGACAGUACGGGCAAAGCGACCAAGUCCAAGCAUGAGAAGAUUCCUAGUUUGAGUCUUGAGUAG